AUGAUGGAAGGCUGGCAAUACGGGCUAUUACUAAAUUUGGAAAAUAAAUUGCCGACGCGUGCUCUGCAUGACCUCGUUACUCUACCUGGUCAAAAACCAGUCAUCUCAUAUGGUCCUCCUGGCUACAGCGCCUCUUUGGCUGCACCUGGUUUUCUCGGAAGAUACCUUGUGUCCAAGCUCGCACGGAUGGGUACCCAAGUUGUCGUUCCAUAUCGUGAUGAGGACGAAAAGCGGCACUUAAAGCCGAUGGGUGAUUUGGGACAGAUUGUCUCCAUGGAAUGGGAUAUCCGGAAUGAAGGGCAGAUAGCGGAGUGCCUUAGGCAUUCUGACAUCGUCUACAACCUUGUCGGACGUGAUUAUGAGACAAAGAACUUUAAGUUCGCGGAUGUCCAUGUGACUGGUGCGGAGAGAAUAGCGAAGCGCCUUGUUCAUGUUUCCCACCUGAAUGCUUCUGCGAACGGCGAAGAACGGGUGAGAAGUGUGUUCCCCAACGUCACCGUAGUCAGGCCAGCGACCAUGUUCGGCUACGAGGACAAGCUGUUGAACAAUAUGGCUACCUGGCCCAUUUGGUGGAAGCUGAACUUCGGAGAGACGAAAAUAAGACCGGUACACGUUAUUGAUGUCGCACAAGCGUUGGCGAAUCUGAUGUCGACUCCGCAACUCACGCGCACAGUGUCGCUACCUGGGCCGAGUACGCUGACUUACGAGUAUUUGUUGGAGCUUGUCGCGUCCGUGACGUACCGAGCACCUUCGCGUGCGCCUGUUGUUCCGAAGCCGAUCGCGUUAGCGGUUGCCAGGGCAGCACAAAUGGCAUGGUGGCCGCUCAUCAACCCCGAUGAAGUGGAGAGGAGGUUCAUCGAUGACGCGAAUGUUCCGGGCGAUUGGAACGUGGUUGGCGUGUGUCCCGACGAGGUGGAGAAUCACGCUAUCACCUACCUUCGAAGAUAUCGACUCGCAAAAGAUUACCCUCGCCCGGUACUAUUCCCCGCGCGGCCAACUUAG